AUGCACGCCAUCAAGCAAAAGUGCCGCCCCAAGCACCAGGUGCUCAUCCUCAAGUGCUACCCCCGGACGACAAAGGGUGCCACCGACGUCAAGCCCAACAGCAGCGAGCUGAGCUACCUGCUCUUCUACGCGACGAGCAGGAAGUCAAAGAUUCAGAAGAUUGGCGCCUUCCUCGAGAAGAAGACGGCCAGCGACGUCUGGCGCAUGCGCAUCGGCAACGUCCAGGUCACCCUCGGCAUCCUCGCCGCCCUCAUCGAAAAGUCCCCUAAGGAUGUCGUCCUUAUCGCCCCGUGCGUCCUCAAGAUCCUCGACUUGAUCCUUCGAUCCAAUGAUAUCACCAUGAUCGAGUCCUCCCUACCUGCCUUUGACGCCUUUUGCGAGCACCACGAUGCCUCCUCCCUCUUCGCCGACCAAGCGUACUCGCGCCAGUACGAGUCUGUGGUGCAGCACUACGCCACCCUCGCGACAUCGACAGCACCCGCUACCAAGGGAGGCUUGAGCCGGUCCGUGCAGGCACGAUGGAGGACAGCAGGCCUCAAAGCCAUUAGGAGCGUAGCGACGUCGGAGCCGUUGGCAUCUGUCACAGGGCGCCAGCUCAACGUGAUUGUGCCUCUGAUCUUGGAGAACCUGUGGACGACGGACGAACAGUUACUGGACACGCUCUUGCAGCGUAUGAACGUGGAGGACAAGGUCGACUCGGAGAGGAUGCUCCGGAGAAGGACCAGUAUCGCUACGGCGGGCACGGCAGACACGGGCGAGCCGCACUCGGAACCCUUUGCAGGAUCCCCGACAGACGCUGACAGAUUAGUCGAGGAGGACAUUGGCGUGCUUGCCAUGCAGUGCCUCAAAAGUAUCUAUAUUGGGCCGAAUCGCCCGCAGAUCCAUUCUGCAACAGCAGCCUUGCUCACGUUCAUCUUGAAAAAGAUUGAACAUGGGCAAAGACCUGUCGAGCUUGCGGAGACCGGCAAGAAUGACAGCGGCUGGGCCCUCACCAUGUACAGCCUUAUUUCUCGAUGGACGCCUGUGCAGGAUCGAUACGUGAUCCUGGUCACGACCAUGGAGGCUCUGGUGCGGACCCCGCUGCACGAAGACAAGAUGGAGCACCACUUGGCACUGAUAGCAAUUGCUGGGUCCCUGCUCCGUUCCGACGUCAAUCUUAUUGGGCUCAGCGUUAUGGAUGUGUUGCUAGGGUUGGUCAAACAGAUGAAGAAGCUGUUUCAACAGGGCGAGCAUUUGGACACGGCGCUGGACGAGAAACUGGACGUUGGAGAAUCCUCUCCCCAGUCGCGGCAGCUUCUGGACCGUCUCGAGCAGUGCGUUGGCGACCUGGCGACUCACGUCUACUACGCUGACCAGAUCACCGACAUGAUUGCGGCUGUGCUGGCGCGCCUGAAACCGACACCAUCAGCGAGCACAAACUCGACGCCGCAGGGGGAGAAGACGGAGGACCACGACGCUGCGCCGGGCGCCUCGUUGACCAACCUGUCGGAGAGCCAGUCCCACUCCGACACCUAUUUCUCAUACAGCAAGGGUCGCGUCUGCGGCCUCAGGGUCAUCAGGGGGAUCUUGCUGGUCGCCAACCCCAAGACCAAGAUCACUGGCAACAUGGACCUUUCGAGAAACAAGGUACCACUGCAUGUGUGGGAGGGUUCGCAGUGGCUGCUCCGAGAUCCGGACGGCCGGGUCCGCAAGGCCUACGUAGAUGCUCUGGUGACCUGGCUGGACCGCGAGACCACAUCGGCCGACCUUCGAGCGCGCGAUGAGAGUCUGGUCCGCAACCGCUCCAUGAAGAACAGCCGCGAGAUGGCUGCGGCUGCGUCUCGCGGCGUGUCCAACGGCACCCAUCGCGAGCGUUCGGCACGCAACACGCGACGGUCGCAAUUUCUGCCCCUGCUGCACCUCGCCAUUUACGACAACGCCCUCCAGUACGUGAAUUACGAGACUGACCUGGUGGUGCUGCACGUGCUGCUCACCAAGCUCGUCUUUCGACUGGGCGUGAAUGCCGUUCGCUUCGGCAUCCCCAUGGUCUAUGGCCUGCAGGAGGAGAUUCAGGAGAUUGAACCGCCAGUUAACAAGGUCCGCAUCGCGGCCUUGUGCCACGGGUACUUCUGGACACUCACAGAGAAGUUUGACUUUGACGGCUCGGCCGUGGGGCGUGCCGUUACCAACGAAGUCGUCCGCCGGCGGAGCAAGAAGUUUUGGAUCGAGGGCAUCAACAUUCCUCCGCCUCCUCUCAAGAACGUGGGCAUGCCGGGCCAAAUAGAGUCUCAGCCUGCGUGGGACCCCCAGACCCUCGAGACGGAGGAGCUCCUCCCCUUCGACGACCGUAGCUCCAUGGUCGAGUGCAUCGCCACGAGCUAUGAAGAGUCUGCCCAAUCACCGCCUGCUAGUCCCGUUGCGUCGCCGGGCCGCAUGGCCAACCACCCCAUCCUGGGAUCGACAAUGAGCCCGACGCCGGCGGCCAAAGACGAGAACGACUUCCCCAGUGUGUUCCGGGAGCAGAUGCUGACAGACUGGUCAAGGGAUGCCGUGGUUGCUGCGCUGGCCACGGAGGGCAAGCCUGAGUCGUUGAACGGAUCGCGGACGGGGACGACCGGCACCAACAGGAACCGCCUGACCAUCAACACCAAUGGCCUCGGUGCCAAUGGAGGAGGGUUCAUGUCGCCCUACGGCAGCCCGCAUAACAUGCGACCGCACUCUGCGCGGAUCCCCGACCGCGAGCGCUACGGAUCGGUGACCAAGCUACGCAAGUCCAGCGUCAGGAGCGGUAUCUCCCCGCCCAGCUCGUCACACAAGGGUAUCGCGUCAGUCGAUCAGCUCAAGAUGGUCCUCUCCGGCAGCAAACCCACGCUGGGCGCAGCACGAAGCGACGAUGACGACGACAGCGGCGAUAGCAUGGUGAGCUACGACAGUCCUUCAGAGCUGAGCUUCAACCCAGCAGCCGCGGCCGCGCACGCGCCUGCGGAGCCCGAGACGCCCAGGCGAUCCGGGUCCGUGACCAGACGCGGUCCUCUGUCGUCGAAUCCACCGGGGCAGAAUACGCCCACAUUGGACGAUGUCGAGGACGUGCCGCCUGUGCCGCCACUGCCCAACUCGCAGAGUUCCAUGUCCAUGUCGCCAACGACUGCAGAUCACAUUGCUCAUCAAGACUAUGCCCCUCAGGCCCAAGCACCCCGACGGACACCAAGCAGCCGGGCCGCAAACAGCGUCCGUGGGAGCCUGCACCCACGCGCACCAGAGGAGUCUCUCCAGAGCAUGGACCUGGAUUCGUUGUUGAGGGGGAUCGACAGCCGGUCUGGAGAGGGCAGCCUGGGCAAUAUCACCAAACCGCCGUACUAA